AUGGCUAAAUCGUUGGCGGACAAAAUUUCCGAUAUUGCCAUCAAACCGGUUAUUAAGGAUUAUGAUAUUGAAGACGAAGAAAAUACAUCUGUAUUUCAACACGAUGAAAAUGGUGCAGAAAGUGAUUUGAGCGACAAUGAAGAUGUUAACUCAGAACAGGCUAAGAAGUCCCAUUACUUAGAAGUUGAAAAAUCUACGUUGAGAGCAGAAAAGGGCUUGGAGUUAAACGAUCCGAAAUAUACAGGUGUGAAAGGUUCUAGACAGGCUUUAUAUGAUGAAUCCUCAGAGAGCGAAGAUAUGGAAAAGGACGAAAAUGAGAGUGGCGAAGAUGGCGAAGACGACGACGCUCUUUCAUUCAGAACAGAUUCAGAGGACGAACAAGCAGAAGAUGCAGAAGAUGAAGAAGAAGAGUUGGAUGUGGACGACGAUGAGAUGGAAGAAGCCGCACAGAAAAGAAGCGCACUAUCCAAACUUGUUCAGCAAGAAACCAAACACGCUAUCAAUAAACUGUCCCAAUCCGUUCAGAGGGACGCAACCAAAGGUUAUUCGAUUCUACAACAAACAAAAUUAUUUGACAAUAUCAUUGACUUAAGAAUAAAAUUGCAAAAAGCCGUGAUAACCGCAAAUAAGCUACCUCUAACUUCAGAGUCAUGGAAGGAAGCUAAAAUGGACGGUUCAAAAGAAACAAAGCAUUUAUUAAAAGAAAAUGAGAAGCUUUUUAAUAAUCUAUUCAACCAGCUAGUAAAUUUCAGAAUAAAAUUCCAGCUUGGUGACCAUAUCACUCAAAGCGAUGAAUCGAAAAAGCACAAAUUAUCCAAAAAAAGAUCCGCUAAAGAGCUUUACAAAGAAACCGAUAGUUUAGACUCGGAACUAAAAGAAUAUAGAAACGCUGUAUUGAACAAAUGGUCCACCAAAGUCUCUUCUGCAUCAGGAAACUCGGCUUUGUCAUCAAGCAAGUUUAAAGCCAUUAACCAACCUGCAGAUGUGCAAGUCGAGAACCAAUUAUCCGAUAUGUCCCGUUUGAUAAAGAGAACAAAACUAAACAGGAGAAACAUAACACCCAUGUAUUUCCAAAAAGAUUGGACCAAUGGUAAAUUACCAGAGCUGGCAUCUCAAAAUGUAGAAGAUGGUGACGACAUUGAUAACAAUUCAGAUGACGGGCUCGAUAUUCCAAAAAACUAUGACCCAAGAAGAAAAGAUAAUAACUCCAUCGAUACCAGCGAAAACCCGUACGUUUUCGAUGAUGAAGACUUCUAUCGUGUCUUAUUAAACGAUCUGAUUGACAAGAAGAUUUCCAACGCGCACAAUUCUGAUAGUGCAGCUAUUACAAUCACUACGGCCAAUUCUCGCUCGAAUAACAAGUUGAAGAAAAACAUCGACACGAAGGCUUCCAAAGGUAGAAAAUUGAACUACUCUGUUCAAGAUCCUAUAGCAAAUUAUGAAGCACCUAUUUCUUCGGGGUACAAAUGGUCAGAUGAUCAAAUCGAUGAAUUUUUUGCAGGGCUAAUGGGCCAAAGAGUGAACUUUAAUGAGGACGAAGAGGAGGACCAACAUGCCGGAGAAGACAACGAUGCAGAAUUAGAGGCUGUUAAGAACGAUGACAUCCAGAUUUUUGGUUAG